AUGUUGGAAGACGUUCAAAAGCAUUCGGUCCACACGCUGGUCUUUAGGUCCCUCAAGAGGACUCAUGACAUGUUUGUGUCCGACCAAGCCAAGUACAUAGCAUUGGAUGACAAAAGUCACAAGCUGAAAAUGGCUGUUAAACUAAAAACGGAGUACGAUGCUGUCCUCCACAUGCCCGUCUUGAAGGAGCCCAAAGAAAGAAUGGCUUUGCCGGCAAACAAUAUGCAGCUUCAGCUGGGUUACACACAGCCGGUAUCUGAUGACCCAGAGUACAUGAUUACCGGGACACAUGCUUAUCCCUCUGGACCAGGAGUGGCGCUGACAGCUGACACAAAGGUCCACAGGAAUCCCAGCGAGGCAGGCGUCCACUCCAUGGCUUUGGCACUGCCGCCGUCGCAGGCCAGCCAAGACGCCGGCCGCACCGCCGCCAGCGUUCCGGACAUCCAUCGACACGCCGGGGCAGCGGAGCGCUCGCUCCCGCCUUCGUCCGCGUUGUCGCUGGCGGAAAGCGGUGGCACCAGGACGUCCGCUCUCAUCAGGCGAGCGCCCAGCAUGCCUAAGCCACAGUGGCACCCGCCGUGGAAACUUUUUCGGGUCAUCAGCGGUCACCUUGGCUGGGUGCGCUCUAUUGCUGUGGAGCCAGGCAAUCAGUGGUUCGUCACCGGCUCUGCUGAUAGGACUAUAAAGAUCUGGGACUUGGCGAGCGGGAAGCUGAAGUUGUCGCUAACGGGCCACAUUAGCACGGUGCGCGGCGUGGCGGUCAGCAGUCGCAGCCCCUACCUCUUUUCUUGCGGCGAGGACAAGCAAGUCAAGUGCUGGGAUUUGGAGUACAACAAGGUCAUCCGCCACUACCACGGCCACCUGAGCGCCGUGUACGGCCUGGACUUACACCCCACCAUAGACGUGCUGGUGACGUGCAGCAGAGACGCCACGGCCAGGGUGUGGGAUAUCCGCUCCAAAGCCAAUGCGCACACGCUCACCGGUCACACCAACACGGUGGCCACGGUCCGGUGUCAGGCCGCCGAGCCGCAAGUCAUCACCGGGAGCCACGACUCGACCAUCCGGUUGUGGGACUUGAUUGCGGGCAAAACCAGAGCCACGCUGACUAAUCACAAGAAGUCCGUCAGAAGCGUUGUGCUGCAUCCACGACAAUACACUUUUGCCUCCGGUUCGGCCGACAACAUCAAACAGUGGAUGUUCCCGGACGGCAAAUUUAUUCAGAACCUGUCGGGCCACAACGCCAUCAUCAACACGCUGGCCGUCAACUCCGACGGCGUCCUGGUGUCCGGAGCCGACAACGGGACCGUCCACUUGUGGGACUGGAGGACCGGCUACAACUUCCAGCGAAUCCACGCCGCCGUGCAGCCCGGUUCCCUGGACAGCGAGUCGGGCAUCUUCGCUUGCAUCUUCGACAACUCGGAAAGCCGUCUGAUCACGGCCGAGGCCGACAAGACCAUCAAAGUCUACAAAGAAGAUGACACCGCUACGGAAGAGAGUCACCCUAUCAACUGGAAACCAGAAAUCCUAAAGAGAAAAAGAUUCUAA